AUGAACAACCUGGCCUUGACCUAUUGGAAUCAAGGGCGAUGGAAGGAGGCUGAAGAGCUGGAGGUGCAAGUCCGGGAGAUCAGGACGCGGGUGCUUGGGGGGGAGCAUCCUGACACACUGACCAGCAUGAGCCGACCCAAUAUGCAACGAAGAUACCCACAACUGCAAAGGCAUUAUAUCAGCGUCCAUGGACCAAAUCUUGUGGCAGAAGAUGACUCACAGUUGGCCACGAACACCCAGGAGAAAGUCUCGCCACGAGUGUUGGCAUUAGAGAUUUCAGCUGACCACUGAGAGAGAUCGGAGUCAGUAUAUGCAAACAAGGAGAAAAACUCAGGAAGGUUUGUCGUACCGUCGGAAUGACUGUGAUGAAGAAGCCGACUCCAACACCAGCAAUAAUACGAGAGCAGCACAUCUAGGCGAGAUUUUGGGCAGCGGUCUAUGAGAUAAGCUGUGAGCCAAACAAUGGAAUGUGUAGGUAGGUUGAAGUGGGUGACAACCGACCAUAAGUGAUCCUCCGACAACAGUCCAAAGACAUCCAACAAUCAUGGCCUUGAUGCGACCAUAUUUGUCUGCGACCUGACCACCCCAAAAGCCUCCUAUGAUGCCUCCGAUGUAGUAGAUUGCAACAAUACCGCCUUCCUUUGUUGGGUCGAGCACCCCCAGUUUGUUGUCAACGCCCAUGAGACGCUAGCAUAGUGUCAGUGUUGUCGCCACGCCGAGACUAAUAAACUGGGAAGUGUUUUCAGGAACGUACCUGAUAGCUGGGUGCGGUGUUGACGAAGCCCAUGUUGCCUUGAUUGUAACCCUCGAAAAAGUAACCAAACGAGAUGAACAAAGACACCAUGAAGGUUAGCUGGGCACCAGACAUCUUUUCCCAGAAUUUUGUGCCCAUGAUGGGCGGUAUUUGGCAAUGACCUCUGGAUUUGCAAGCCAAAGUAUAGGUAGGUAGUCGAGGCUCCGUGAAGCAGACGAGUGAAAAGCAAUCAAGGUCUCAAUAGAUGUACGUUCAUCAUGACUUUCUUCGCGUCCCCGCAAUCAAAGCCGCAAGGAA